AUGGAAGUUCCCUUGAAAGCAAAUAUGUCAGUUGAUGAUAUUAGUUUAGAUUCCAGGCCUGUGGUUACACCGGAGAGAAGAGCUCGAUCGAGUUCACCAAUUAAGAACCGUCGUUCUUUACCAUCAAACUUCUUUGACAUGAAACUACCUUCGCUACCAUUUGCUAGUGAAGAGGAUAUCAGAUCAAUGACCUCGGGACCAAAUUCGUCAUUAUCUCCAAAGCAAUUGAAGCUGUUGUCAAAUUCUCCAGCUUUCAGUCGUUUACAUGUCAGUACUUCGCCUGAGCGCAGCCAAUAUGUAAUUCCAAUUCCUUUCACCCUUAAACUACCCCCUAAAUUGAGUUCCCAUAAUCAAAAUCCACCUUCUUCAAGAUCGAUUUCUCCGGAAAGAUCAAAUGUGAACGAAAGAGAGACUUCUCCAACAAGAUCACGUUCGCCUAAUAAACUAAGUAGACUCGUAUACAAUGGGAAUAAAUAUGAAAAGUUGGAAUCACUGUCUGAUAGCGAAGAUGGAGAAGAUGAAAGGAACCACAGACUUUUAAUGCGACGCCCUGCACCUCCUCCGGUGACAACUAAUAAGAGAAAAUCAAAGAAGCAGAAUACUCAAGCAAAACAAAUGUCUCAUGAUGAGUUGAGCACAAUUGACGAAACAAGCAACUGCGCUAAUUCAAGAACUCCAAGCGAUAGAUCAAGAAAAGAAGGAAAGUCAUUACCAUUACCUCCAUCUAAUGAAGGCAUUAAUGUUGAGAAAGGUGCACCACGAAGCUCGCAUAGAGCAUCAUUGUCUACUCCCAUCUCAGUUGAAACUCCAGAUAAAUUCACAUUCAGAGUUCCAAAUACUGCUACUCCGAGAGAUUCAUAUUAUAGAAAUUUGAUGAUACCAAACCAGAACACAUUCAGUAUAGAUCAUACCCCAAGAAUGAUCAAUUCUUCGGUUACUAGAAGUUCAACGGAAGAUAAUAUUCGAUUACUUCAGUCGAAUGCUCCAACUGAAUCUAAUGAUACUGUAUUGAGAAUUCAUAAAAGGAGUUUUAGUGAUGAAUCUAAAGUUUCGUCUCUCAGUUCGUUUAGUUCAUUCGGUGGUAUAUUAAAUACCUCUCCGUCGCCCAAUCUAUUUAUAAACAAUCAAGCCGGGCCACAGUUAUUAGAAUCAAAAGUUGACGAUCAAUUUAGAAACAUAGAACGCUCUAGAACGAUUAGCAACGGAUCAUCAACAUCUUGUGCAUCUGAGGUUUCCAGCAAUGCAUCAUGGAAUUCGUUACAAAAGAGUAUUGAUAUUAAUGAUUCAAACAGUCUUUCAGAAUCUGAUGUCGUACAGGGCAAAGCAAUGUCCCCAUCAGGAAUAUCCACUUCAUAUGAAGAUAAAACUUUAGGUUCAGAGAAUCCAGACAACAACAAGCAUUUACAAAUGACUUUGGGGGCAAACGAGGAAUCCAUUUGUAGCGAUACAGACGAAUCGGAAAUUGCAGAUUUGUAUUUGAAUGAGUCCGAAGUUUCCAUAAAUGAUAAAACUGAGGUUGAUGUACCUAUUUGUCAAAAAUUAACUACUUAUAAUGAGAGCGAUAACGAAGGAGCUGGCACUAGAUUCAAUUUCCCAGCCGGAAGCCGCAAUAUCACUAAUAGCAAAGAAUUGAAACAAAAUAUAACACCUGGCUCAAGCAUAAGAUCUAGUGCUUAUAUGGCGCAAUAUAAAUCUCCUAAUGGUCAGAUUGAGAUUCCAGAUCUAGAUGAUAAGUCGGUGACAGGGAAAUAUUCUAUUCCAAAGUCAUCUUGCUCGUUUAACGGUACAACUUUCAAUGACAUUAAUUGCGAAAAUUCUGAUGACUCCGGAAUAGAUAGUGGUGAUAGUUCUAAAUUAGAGCCGAUUGGAUACCCUAGCAAGGCUGCAAGAAACGUGAUUAAAGAGCAGUUCAAAUCUAUGCAUGGAGAUGAUGAUUCUGACACAGACAUAGAAUCGGCUAAGUAUUCGAAUUACUCGACAACGACGCCUAAAUCCAAAUCAACACCAUGUCUUUCGUGUACUGAAAGACAGUUACCGCUGCUCCCUGAUAAGACUGAUAAAACAAAUUCUAUUAAGCAUCCGCGGCCUAAAUCUCCAGUUAAGCAUGCACGCCAUAAGUCUAUGUUUAACAUCGAUUUCGAUGCAACAUCAGUACCAAAGUCAGCACCACAAACACUGGGACUUCAUAAGAGAUCAAAAUCUAUGGACUUGAAUGGUAUGAUUCCUAAAUCACCGUCUAAAUCCUCAAAUGUUAAUUCAGAAACCUUACCACUAAAAACUAAAGACACUAGGAAAGUAGCUACACCUGAAGAGAUGAAAAUCCUGGUCACGGAACCUCCAAAACCUAUUGAUUAUGCAGUUGAUUUUAAAGAGGCUACAUCCAAUGAUAACUUCCCAGUAUAUCCAGUUGCAUCACCUAAUAUCAAAGAAAGAUACCGUGGAAAGGAACAUAGCUCGAGGAACCAUGAAAGUAUUCAUAACAUUUCAAAAGACUUAAACGGACUAAACAUAAGCCAAAAGGAUGAUAACCCCUCUUGCACUCCUUAUGUUACGAACCAGCCUCAAAACUACGGAUUUGGAUUACACCCUACACCUUACAACAUUCCCACAUCUAAUCUUUCUAAUAUGACCUCAUCUAGUUCAGGUUCAAGUUAUCAAUCAAGUAGAAGUACUAAGAACACAAAUUAUACGUCAAUGUCGGACAGCGAUAGUGUCGUAAUUGACUUGACAAAGGACAAGUAUGAUGUAUGCAUGAUACAAAGAAAUAGUUCGACUCAAUCGUAUAGAUCCGUUACGGAGAGAACGAAAGAAGGGAAAGAAUUUGAAGUAGUAUUGGUAGAGGAUGAAGACGAAAACAAUGACGAAGUGGAUGAAUUGGCCAGUAUUUAUUCGAAAUACAGAAACAAUUGGAUCUUUAGAACAGGGUCCACAACAUCGUGUACUUCUAACACAAGUACAGCUUCAUUUGAAAGUGGUGUUGCUUCAGAGUCCCAAUUAAAAUUAAAGCCUAGUGUAAGCUUGGCAUCUAGAUACAAAAAAAUACAGUCACCAAGAAGUAUAGAUAGACUUUCCUCUCAAAUUCAAAAGCAACGGUUCAACGAAAAGCAGAACUUACCAUUGAAUGCUUCGAAUGUUGGAUACAAAUCUACAAGAAUUCAAUAUCCAGGAGUAAAGGAGAAUUCAAACAAUAUUAAACCUCUGACAAAUGAAUUACCCAAGGUCCAAGCAUCUUAUGGUAAACCCGAAGGCAUAGCUUCUUCAAAUUUAAAUUCGAAAUAUUUUGACUAUACAUCGGACAAUUAUGAUUUUAACAGCUUUAUGAAGCAGCAGGUGAGUCCCAACUAA